GACGACACCGAGAGAGUUCACUUUAUUUCCAUUAACGUCCAAAACUUGUUCAGCCGAUUUAGAAAAUUUUAAAGCCCUAUCAUUCAAUUUAAUUUCAUUUGCCUUAAGUAAAUUUACUAAGAAGCCAGCAUUUACGAGAGAAAUUUGAGCACCAGGGUCAACGAUAGAGAGUGCUUCUUUUCCUAAGACAUUUACUCGAAGUGCAAUAAUUUUUCCAACCAAACCGCUUUUAUCUUCAACUGACUUUUCUUCAACGUUCUUAUUAUCUUUUUCGAAAAAUUUAGAAAUCUCAGCAGUGUGUACAGCAUUGACGUGGGGAAUAUUGACUUCGUCGAAUUGCUCAACUUUAAGUAAAUUUUGUUUCAGUUGGUUGCGGAAUGGCUGUUUAUUGUUAAAGUGUUCUCGACUGCCCUUUAUUUCAACACUAUUAGAGUUAGUUGCAAAAUUUCGACUAGCCCCUAAAUUUUGUUGUGGUACUAAAGCUUGAACAUUAUUUUGCGUAGCCGGUUGCCAUUUGUUUCUACAAUCAUUCGAAUAAUGUCCUAAUUUUCCACAACUAUAACAUUUAAUUUCUUUCUGUUUACUUGUCCCUUGGUCAUAGAAUUGCGUUCUUUGUGGCGAAUAUUGAUUAGAGAAAUUUUGUUUGUUCUCAAAACGGUUAUAUCGCCUAGAAAUUACGCGUUGAGUUGCUUCGGCUCUCGCUGCAAGUGCAAUGAAUUCGUCAAGUGACAUAGCAUUUCUUCGCGACAAUUCGAGGUUGAGAGCUAAUUCUGGACUAUCAAUGCUUCUUAUUAAGUGUUUAAUAGAAUAUUCGUCAUGCAGGUGUGCUGGAAGACCAGGAUAUGCCCGACGAACUAAUCCAGAAAUCUUUUCACCCAAUUCAUCUAUAGUUUCAUUACGACCACGAUGAACGCCUCUCAUAAGUGUGUCAAAGGAUUCCAUUCCUUUCGAGUCUGUCUCUUCAAGUUGGUUAAUAAUAAAACGUCGAAUCGAGUCAUAACGAUAGGGUUCUGAAUUUACAGCAGCGUUAAAAGCUCGCUCUGCUCUACCACAAAGUUUAGACUCCAAUAACGUAAUACGUUUCUUUUCUGACCAACUUUCUGAAGCGACGUCAAACUUCUUAAAGAAUUUCCUUAUCCCAUCACUUCC